GUGAUCUGAGAGCUGGCGGCCAGGCAUCCGCUAGGCUGCGCCCGCCUCUUCCGCAAAAGUCCGGUGUCCCCACGUGCUUCCGCUUUGCUGCUGGCUGGAGUCCGCCGGGCUCGGGGCGCAGUGAUAAUUUUUCACCAUGCAUCGGAAGAAAGUGGAUAACCGAAUCCGGAUUCUCAUUGAGAAUGGGGUAGCUGAGCGGCAAAGGUCUCUUUUUGUUGUGGUUGGAGAUCGAGGGAAGGAUCAGGUAGUCAUACUCCAUCACAUGUUGUCCAAAGCAACUGUGAAAGCUCGGCCUUCGGUGCUAUGGUGCUAUAAGAAAGAGCUGGGCUUUAGCAGUCAUCGGAAGAAAAGAAUGCGACAGCUGCAGAAAAAAAUAAAGAACGGGACGCUGAACAUAAAGCAAGAUGACCCCUUUGAACUCUUCGUAGCUGCCACCAACAUUCGCUACUGCUACUACAACGAGACCCACAAGAUCCUGGGCAACACGUUUGGCAUGUGCGUUCUCCAGGAUUUUGAAGCUUUGACUCCAAACUUGCUCGCCAGGACUGUAGAAACAGUGGAAGGUGGUGGGUUGGUGGUUAUCCUCCUGCGGACCAUGAACUCACUCAAGCAGUUGUACACAAUGACCAUGGAUGUGCAUUCAAGAUACAGGACAGAGGCCCAUCAGGAUGUGGUGGGAAGAUUUAACGAGAGGUUUAUUCUUUCUCUGGCCUCGUGUAAGAAGUGUCUUGUCAUCGAUGACCAGCUCAACAUCCUGCCCAUCUCCUCCCACGCCGCCAGCAUUGAGGCCCUGCCUCCCCAGACGCCGGAUGAGAGUCUCGGUCCCUCUGAUCUGGAGCUGAAGGAGCUGAAGGAGAGCUUGCAGGACACCCAGCCUGUGGGUGUGUUGGUGGACUGCUGCAAGACCCUCGACCAGGCCAAAGCUGUCUUGAAAUUCAUUGAGGGGAUCUCGGAAAAGACCCUGAGGAGUACUGUUGCGCUCACGGCUGCCCGAGGAAGGGGGAAGUCUGCAGCCCUGGGACUGGCUAUUGCUGGGGCGGUGGCUUUCGGGUACUCCAAUAUCUUUGUUACCUCCCCGAGCCCGGAUAACCUCCACACUCUGUUUGAAUUUGUGUUUAAAGGAUUUGAUGCUCUGCAGUAUCAGGAGCAUCUGGAUUACGAGAUCAUUCAGUCUCUAAAUCCUGAAUUUAACAAAGCAGUGAUUAGAGUGAACGUGUUCCGGGAACACAGGCAGACCAUUCAGUACAUACAUCCAGCAGAUGCCGUGAAACUGGGCCAGGCUGAGCUCGUUGUGAUUGAUGAAGCUGCUGCCAUCCCCCUUCCCCUGGUGAAGAGUCUUCUGGGCCCCUACCUUGUUUUCAUGGCAUCCACCAUCAAUGGCUACGAGGGCACUGGCCGGUCCCUGUCCCUCAAGCUAAUUCAGCAGCUCCGCCAACAGAGUGCCCAGAGCCAGGUCAGCACCACCGCUGAGAACAAGACCACGGCGACGGCCAGGCUGGCAUCAGUGCGAACCCUGCAUGAGGUUUCCCUGCAGGAGUCGAUCCGAUACGCCCCUGGGGACGCCGUGGAGAAGUGGCUGAACGACCUGCUGUGCCUGGAUUGCCUCAACAUCACUCGGAUUGUCUCUGGCUGCCCCUUGCCUGAAGCCUGUGAGCUCUACUAUGUUAAUAGAGAUACCCUCUUUUGCUACCAUAAGGCCUCCGAGGUUUUCCUCCAACGGCUUAUGGCUCUCUACGUGGCUUCUCAUUACAAGAACUCUCCCAACGACCUUCAGAUGCUUUCUGAUGCCCCUGCUCACCAUCUCUUCUGCCUCCUGCCUCCUGUGCCCCCCACCCAGAAUGCCCUUCCAGAAGUGCUUGCUGUCAUCCAGGUGUGCCUUGAGGGGGAGAUUUCGCGCCAGUCCAUCUUGACCAGCCUGUCUCGGGGCAAGAAGGCUUCAGGUGACCUGAUUCCAUGGACAGUGUCAGAACAGUUCCAAGACCCAGACUUUGGCGGUCUCUCAGGUGGAAGGGUGGUUCGCGUUGCUGUUCACCCGGACUAUCAAGGGAUGGGCUAUGGCAGCCGAGCCCUGCAACUGCUACAGAUGUACUAUGAGGGCAGGUUCCCUUGUCUUGAGGAGAAGGUCCUGGAGACAUCGCAGGAGAUUCACACCGUCAGCAGUGAGGCCGUCAGCUUGUUGGAAGAAGUCGUCACUCCCCGGAAGGACCUGCCUCCCUUACUUCUCAAGCUGAACGAGAGGCCUGCUGAACGCCUGGACUACCUGGGAGUGUCCUAUGGCCUGACCCCCAGGCUCCUCAAGUUCUGGAAACGAGCUGGGUUUGUUCCUGUUUAUCUGCGACAGACCCCGAAUGACCUGACUGGAGAGCACUCGUGCAUCAUGCUGAAGACACUGGUGGACGAGGAGGAGGCAGACCAGGGCGCCUGGCUCUCUGCCUUUUGGAAAGAUUUCCGAAGGCGGUUCCUAGCCCUGCUGUCUUACCAGUUCAGCACCUUCUCUCCUCCCCUGGCUCUGAACAUCCUCCAGAACAGAAACAUCGGGAAACCUGUGCAGCCGGCCCUACGCCGGGAGGAGCUGGAAGCACUCUUCCUCCCCUACGAUCUGAAGAGGCUAGAGAUGUAUUCACGGAACAUGGUUGACUAUCACCUCAUCAUGGACAUGAUCCCGGCCAUCUCCCGGCUGUAUUUCCUGAACCAGCUGGGGGACCUGGCCCUGUCUGCGGCCCAGUCGGCUCUUCUCUUGGGGAUCGGCCUGCAGCACAAGUCCGUGGACCAGCUGGAAAAGGAGAUUGAGCUGCCCUCGGGCCAAUUAAUGGGACUUUUCAACCGGAUCAUCCGCAAAGUUGUGAAGCUGUUCAAUGAAGUGCAGGAGAAGGCCAUCGAGGAGCAGAUGGUGGCAGUGAAGGAUGUGGUUAUGGAGCCCACAAUGAAGACGCUGCGCGACGACCUGGAUGAAGCAGCCAAGGAGUUUCAGGAGAAACACAGGAAAGAAGUGGGGAAGCUGAAGGACAUGGACCUCUCUCAAUAUGUAAUCCGUGGGGAUGACGAAGAAUGGAAUGAAGUUUUGAACAAAGCCGGGCAGAAUGCCUCGAUCGUCAGCCUGAAAAGUGACAAGAAAAGGAAGCUGGAGGCCAAACAAGAACCCAAACAGAACAAAAAGUUGAAGAAAAACAGAGAUAUGAAGAACAAAAAAGAUAUGAAACUGAAGCGGAAGAAAUAGUGGAGAGACACUUGGGCGUUGGCGGCUGACUCAUAAGGAAAUACCCUGACUUGCAGGACUGACUCUGGCAGGGCUGAGUGGCAGCUGACUGGACUAUUAAAAGCAACAGGAUCCCCAGGAAACCCAGAAGCGGGCCAGGAAUUCAGUCUAUGAGCUGAACAUGGCUUAAGGCAGUGUCGCUUCCGAGGGGCUCUGCUAAGAGCGCGAUGGUUGGCUCACCGUUAUUGCCGUCUCUCCUCCCCCCAGUCCAGGCCUGCCUUUCCCAUACGUUCAUAUUUCGCUUUGGGCCCAGCUUUCUCCAUUCCUUCUUGCACAUGUUGAAGCCGUGCUGGCUCUCGUCUCUUCUCGAGCAUCAAGUACACGGCUGUCUGGAGACCCCGGAGGCGGCGGGGGGAGCAUCAAGGCCUGUCAUCAUGAACUUGCCCAGGCUCCCUGAAGCCUGGAGUCCCAGGAGCUCUAGUCCAGCUGUAUGGCCGUGUCAGCCACGUUUAAGCGCUGGGACCCACACUGCCAUGUUCCGACCCUUUCCUCCCCCAGCAGUGACCCAGAAAAGCUUGACUUCUCAACUUAGGGAACGAUAUGAUAUCUGAGUCCCCAAUAACCUGUUCUUUCAUCCAUUUGGGAAAAAAAAUGUUGGGAAAGACCCUUUUGCUAGCAGGGAUGAGGGGAGAUAGAGAAUCUAUUUU